UAGGGGGCUUCGGAAAGGGACGCAAUGGUGUAGGCCCAGGUCGGGGGCGGGGCUCGGGGAACUUUUCCUCAAACCGCACUGUUAUGUUUGCGUGGGAAGUUCCGGCGAUCUUUCUUAGACGUCCCAGACGUAUGGGCGGCCCCAAGGCUGCUGCACUUUUCUGAAGAAUCUUAGGGCCGCUUACUUUUUCCACUCGUUUCCUUUCCUCGCGCCCCGUUCUCAGUCUAGGAGCAAAAGAGGAAGACCGUGUUGGGACCCCUGCAUGGAGUUUCAGAGGGUGGUGAAAAAAUAAGGUAGAAGAAUACAUGUUCACUUUUAGUGAACAAGAGCAUGUUCCCAAACUCAAUUUUGGGUCGCCCGCCUUUCACCCCAAGCCAUCAACAACAUAAUAAUUUCUUCGCCCUGUCACCAACUCUUUAUUCACACCAGCAGCUUAUAGAUGCACAGUUCAACUUUCAGAAUACAGAUUUGUCAAGAGCAGUGUCAUUACAGCAGUUGACAUAUGGAAAUGUCAGUCCAAUACAGACCUCAACUUCUCCGUUAUUUCGAGGAAGGAAGAGAUUAAGCGAUGAAAAAAACCUUCCUCUUGACGGUAAACGGCAGCGUUUCCAUUCACCCCACCAAGAGCCAACUCUAGUUAACCACAUAGUGCCUUUAUCAGGUGAAAGAAGAUACUCAAUGCCGCCAUUGUUUCAUACACACUAUGUACCAGAUAUAGUCAGAUGUGUUCCACCUUUUCGAGAAAUACCAUUUUUAGAACCUAGAGAAAUCACACUGCCUGAGGCCAAAGAUAAGUUGAGUCAGCAGAUACUGGAGUUAUUUGAAGCAUGUCAGCAGCAAGUAAGUGAUUUAAAGAAGAAAGAACUGUGUCGAACACAGCUGCAGAGAGAAAUUCAGCUCUUAUUUCCACAAAGCAGACUUUUUUUGGUUGGGUCCUCUUUAAAUGGAUUUGGUACUCGGAGCAGUGAUGGUGAUUUAUGCCUAGUUGUUAAAGAGGAACCAUGUUUUUUUCAGGUCAAUCAGAAGACUGAAGCACGGCAUAUACUCACCCUAGUCCAUAAACACUUCUGUACCAGACUUUCUGGCUACAUAGAGAGACCUCAGUUGAUUCGAGCAAAAGUGCCAAUUGUGAAGUUCAGGGAUAAAGUCAGUUGUGUGGAAUUCGACUUGAAUGUAAACAAUAUUGUUGGAAUAAGAAACACAUUCCUCCUCAGAACUUACGCAUACCUUGAAAAUCGAGUUCGUCCGUUAGUACUGGUGAUUAAGAAGUGGGCAAGUCACCAUGAGAUAAAUGAUGCCAGUCGUGGUACUUUAAGCAGCUAUAGUCUUGUAUUGAUGGUUUUGCACUAUUUACAAACCCUACCUGAACCCAUCCUUCCAUCCAUCCAAAAAAUUUACCCAGAAUCUUUUAGUCCUGCUAUACAGCUGCAUCUUGUACAUCAAGCUCCAUGUAAUGUUCCUCCUUACCUCUCGAAGAAUGAAUCAAAUCUUGGGGACCUCUUACUGGGCUUUCUUAAAUAUUAUGCUACAGAAUUUGACUGGAACAGUCAAAUGAUUUCAGUUCGUGAAGCCAAAGCCAUUCCCAGGCCUGAUGGUAUUGAAUGGAGAAAUAAAUACAUCUGUGUCGAAGAACCUUUUGAUGGAACAAAUACGGCCAGAGCUGUGCAUGAAAAGCAGAAAUUUGACAUGAUCAAGGAUCAAUUUUUAAAGUCAUGGCACAGAUUGAAAAACAAAAGAGAUUUGAACAGUAUACUACCUUUAAGAGCUGCUAUCCUGAAAAGAUAACUGGCUUCUAUAUCUUAAUAAAUUCUUCUGAGAAAUAAAGAACAAUAGUAACACCAUAAUGCAUUUUGUUUACCUCCAUCAUGGUUUCUUUUUAACUGUUCUUGUUUUCAUGUUUUAUUUUUAAGAGGACAUACUUAUAUAAAGAUUGCAUAUUUUAUUAUGACAUUUCCUAAUAAAACCCUUUGAUUUAAAGAUGUAUUUUUGAAAAUGUUUACAUUGAUUCGUAAUAUUAUGGCAUGGAUUUUCAAGAGAUCAGAUAAAAUAUUUUUGGGGGAAUUAUCUGAACAAAUAAAAGGUUUUUGAUAUAACUUCAAUUAAUUAUACCACAUGCUAAUACUGAAGGGAUGUGUGGAAUUUUGGAAAGGGACUGAUUCACACAUACUUAACAUAUAACAUACAGUAUAUAGUUUGUUGCCCGUCUGUUCUGGUAAAGUGAAGAUUCAAGCCAGUUAUUCGGUUACUUGAAACAAAAUGAAAUCUGUAAUUUCACUGAAAUCACUGCAGAGGCAUGAAAUACUGGACAAUUGCCUUAAGUCUUCACUUGACUCUCCGGGAUAGACUGAGGCUUUGGGUGUGUCUAUAUUAGCAUUUCAUUAGUACCUCACAUGCUUUUGAUGUACUCUUGAGAUUGCUUUAAGUUUUUGUUGAAAACAGUACAUUUUGCACUGUAGUAAUAUGAGCACCCUGUAUUGUUUAGAGGUUAGUAAGUUGUUUUAAAGAAUUAGUUCGUUGUAGAUUUUUGAAAAGAUGAAGUCCCCUGUGCUUUAUGAUAGUUCAGUGCAAUGUGCACUUUUACUUUAUUUCACGUUUUCCUGCUUUUAUUUUCCCUGUAACAUGAAGCAACAGAAACUGAAAGAUCAAAGUUGAGAUUAUAUCCUAUUGACAGUAUCAGAGUUUGUCUGUGUACAAGUGUAGGAUUGUAAUCUAAACUGGAAUUUUUAGGCAGUAAGCCACUAUAAAAUGUUUUAGGUAAGACAAAAUUAUUAUAAAUAAAAGCUUAAUGUUUGUAAAGAUAUCUUUUUUAGUAUUUUUUUCCAUAUGAAGAAGUAGUGGUGGCUGCUAAAAAAAACCUACAGUGUUUAUUAAGAUUGAUUAUGGUUUAUGUAAAUAUUUGUAAAUUGGUCAGUGCCUGUACAUUUAAAUAUGAAGAGUAAUCUUGAAAACAAUUUUAACUUUUUCAGAAGGACUGUGUACAACUUCUUUGAGACCUGCUGUAGCACAGUUUGUACCUCUAAUGUAUUUGAGUUUUUUGCAGACCAAUUCAAAUGCUAAGACUUUUGCUUUUCUUUGAUUUGUAAAGGUGCAGAUUUUCAUUUCUUCUUUAAGUUUAAAUUUUUGUAUGAUGUCAAAUGGAAUAAAGUUUAUAUAUGGAAA